UCCCGCCUCCUCACUUCCCCGCCCACACCAAACAUGGCGGGUGAGUCCGCAAUGGAGCUCUUGUUUUUGGAUACUUUCAAGCACCAGAGCACGGAGCAAGGGAGUAACGUAGACGUGGUCCGAUUCCCAUGUGUCGUGUACAUCAAUGAAGUCCGGGUUAUCCCCCCUGGGGUCAGAGCGCACAACAACUUGCCGGACAGCAGGGCGUACGGGGAGACCUCACCGCACACAUUUCAUCUGGACCUGUUCUUCAACAAUGUCAAUAAGCCGAGCGCCACUGUUUUUGACAGACUGGGGAGCUUGGAAUAUGAUGAGAAUAAUUCAAUCAUCUUCCGGCCAAAUGGAAAGGUUAAUACAGAUGGGCUUGUGCUCAAGGGUUGGUACAAUUGCCUGACUAUUGCCGUGUACGGAUCAGUGGACAGAGUUAUUCUCAACCAUGAACGAGACUCUCCGCCACCCCCACCGCCGCCUCCACCACCCCCUCAGCACCAACCGAUUGGGCUGAAAAGGAAUCCCAAGCAUGUUGAAGAAGACAAAGAAGACCAGUAUAAUGGUAGUCCACCAAGACCGCAGCCAAGGGGGCCUAGAACUCCACCUGGUCCUCCACCUCCAGAUGAUGACGAUGAUGAUGAGCCAAUGCCAGCUGCAGGCGGAGAAAAGGAGGAUGAUCGAGAACAACGGGAAGGUUACUUUGAGCCGAUAUCUCCAGAUAGAGUGUCUGUUCACCCUGAUGGCACUUACACAGAUGAAGAGGAUGGGGAUGAUGAUCCUCAGGAUGAUGGGGAUGAAGAUGAUGAGGAGGAUGAAGAGGAUGAUGACCUCAAUCCCGAUGAGGAGGACGACGAUGAUGAGGACGAUGUACAAACAGGGGACAGCAUUGUAGAUGAGGAUGAAGACGAAGAGGGCGACGAGGAAGAAAUUGAAGGAGACGAUGGUUACGAACAGAUUUCCAGUGAUGAAGACGGAAUUGCAGACUUUGAACGGGAGGCAUUUAAAUAUCCAAGUUUUGAUAUUGACUAUACGCCGGAGGAUUUAGCUUCUGUACCCACUAUGACCUAUGACCCUUAUGACCGAGACUUGGGUCCCCUUCUUUACUUUAGCUGUCCAUACAGAACUGCUUUUGAAAACGAAAUCAACAAGCUUCGAGACCAGGACCUUGACAAGGACACCUCUGGGGCUAGUGAAGUGUCAGUGAAGCUAUUGGAGCUGCUUGAUCUCUAUCAGGAUGACAGAGGUGCAAAGUGGGUGACAGCACUGGAAGAAGUACCUAGCUUAAUAGUUAAAGGGUUAAGUUUUCUUGAGCUGAAAGAGCCAAGCCGAGACCAUUUGAGCCAGUUAGUGGACUGGGCCAUGCAAGCACUGGACUUGCAGCUUGCUCUCCAGCAACCAAUUGCAUUGAAUGUACGGCAGCUGAAAGCAGGCACUAAGCUGGUGUCAUCGCUUGCAGAGUGUGGCACUCGGGGAAUCCAGUCUCUGCUAAAGGCAGAUGUCAUUGGCAAGUUAUAUGACCUUUUGUUUGCGGAGCACGUGUCAUCCUCCCUCAAACUAAAUGCUUUUAAGUCCUUGGAUAGUAUCCUCAGCAUCACUGAGGGAAUGGAUGCGUUUCUGAAAAAUCCUCUAGAUUCACAAGGAAAAAGUGGCUACCAGAGACUCCUGGAGCUGAUCUUGAUGGACCAGACUGUCCGUGUCUUCACAGCUUGCUCUGCCGUCCUCCAGAAGUGUCAUUUUUAUGAAAUCCUUUCUGAUGUGAAGAGACUGGCAGACCAGCUAGCAGACAGCACUCCUCCACCUCCUGCUGACAACAGGGAUCCUGAUCAAGAAACGCCGGCUGCAGGAGAGAAGCCAAGUCGGGACUAUGACACUGAGGCGGAGGUUCCCAUGGAUAUGGAUCUUUUAUUAGAGUCCUCUAGUAUAAGUGAAGGAGACUUGGAGAAACUGCUGGGUCUCCUCAAUGAGAUUUUUCAUCUUUUAGAGACUGCACCUCACUCCAUGAUCCAGCCUCCUGUAAAAUCUUUCCCAACGUCCGCCAGAAUCACUGGACCCCCAGAACGAGAUGACCCUUAUCCCAUUCUGUUUAGGUACCUCCACAAUCACCAGUUCCUGGAGUCCGCCACAUUACUCCUAUCAUUACCCGGGACUACUUCCCAUCCUGGUAUUCUUCACACCAUUAGGGAAAUUCUUCAGUUUUUGGCGCAGUCUCAGAAAGGACUCCUGUUUCUGUUAUUCGAGAAUGAAGCAACAAAUCUGAUCGCCAGGGCUCUUUGUCAGGCAUCGGAACAAGAUCAAGAUGACCUUCUGCAGUCCGAGGGGAACAACGAGGACUCGUGUGCCUUGUGGCUUCUGAAUGCCACCCAGGCUCUGCAGUACAUCUCUGAGCUGUUUCACCACUUCCAACAUUGUACAGCCACAGAGGAGGCCGACCAACUCAACCUGCUGAGCAUACUGCACAACCUUUACCUGAUCACCUUCAAUCCCAUAGGCAGGUCUGCAGUGGCCCAUGUCUUCAGCCUUGACAAGAACCUGCAGUGCCUCAUAACUCUAAUGGAGUUCUGCUCUAAGGAAGCCCUUGGGGAUACAAAAUCCAAGAAGUCAGUGGCUUAUAAUUACGCCUGUCUGCUCGUGCUGCUCGUAGUGCAGACCUCGAAUGAUGUCCAGAUGCUAGAAACGCACUCUGCUCCUUUACUGAAGCUGUGUAAAGGAGACGAGAACAAUGCCAAGCUACAAGAGCUUGCAAAGUGGCUAGAGCCAUUGAAAAGUAUUCGAUUUGAGAUAAAUUGCAUAACUGGUCUGAUUGAUUAUAUCAAGCAGAAUCUGGACAACUUGAUGGCUCCUGAAGGUGUGGGACUGUUGACGGCGCUCAGGGUACUUUGCCACGUGACUUGUCCACCUGCUCCAGUGGAAGGGCAGCAAAAGGACUUAAAGUGGAAUCUCGCGGUCAUUCAGCUCUUCUCCGCUGAGGGACUCGAUACUUUCAUUCGAAUACUGCAGAAAAUGAACAGCAUUCUCAUCCAGCCGUGGAGGCUGCACGUCAACCUGGGCACCACUCUGUGCAGAGCAAUAACCAUCUCUUUGGCUCGCUGCACCCUGUCGUUGCUCAAGACGAUGCUCACCGAGCUGUUAAGGGGUGGCUCCUUUGAGUUUAAGGAUAUGCGGGUCCCGUCCACUCUGGUUACCCUACACAUGCUCUUAUGUUCCAUACCUCUUUCUGGAAGGCUGGAUGGAGAGGAGCAGAAAAUCCAGAGUGAUAUCAUUGACAUCUUACUGACUUUUACACAAGGAGUUAAUGAACAGUUGACUAUCUCAGAGGAGACUCUGGCCAACAAUACCUGGUCCUUGAUGCUUAAAGAAGUGCUUUCUUCUGUCCUGAAAGCACCUGAAGGCUUCUUCUCAGGAAUUGUCAUUCUGUCUGAGCUUCUUCCUUUCCCAUUACCAGUGCAGACCACUCAGGCUAUUGAUCCACAGGACAUUGCAGUGGCUUUAAACACCCGGAAGCUGUGGAGCAUGCAUCUUCAUGUACACUCCAAGCUCCUGCAGGAUAUUGUCAGGUCCUUCUCUGGGACUUCAUGUCAACCUCUUCAGCAUAUGGUCAGGCGCGUCAGUGUUCAGCUGUGUGAUCUGGCUGCACCUACCACCCUCUUAAUCAUGCGCACAGUCCUGGAUCUUAUUGUGGAAGACCUGCAGAGUGCCGGCGAGGACAAGCAGAAGCAGUUCACGGGUCAGACAGCUCGGCUGCUCGCUCUUCUCGACUCCUUGGCUGCCCACCGAGCCUGCAAAGUAGCAAUUCUACACCUUAUUAACGGAGGGAAAGGCGACGAGCGAUAUUCAGAAGUUUUCCAGGAGCUACUAACGUUAAUGAAAUCUGCAGGAGACAAUGUUGUCCACCAGCAGUGCGCAGAGUACGUGGCCUCCAUUGUGCAGUACCUCUGUGACCAGGACAUUGCCCUCGUUCUGCCGAGCUCGGGAGAAGCUCCAGCAUCGGAAGUAGAUCAACUUUGCAACUCCUUACCGGGCAAAGAUCAUCUUUCUUCCAUCUGUGACUGCCUGAUGGAAACGUUAGCGAACAGUGACAGCAGCUACAGUACACUCCUCACCUGUAUCAGGACUAUGAUGUUCCUCUCCGAGCAUGAUUUUGGGUUCUUCUAUUUGAAGAGCUCCUUCAGGAAACACAGCACUGCCCUCUUCCUGCUUCUGAAGCGAAUAGUUUGUGGGUUUGGAAAAGACACUGGGGAAUCGGCCUCAUCGUUCUUGGAUUUCAUGCGGCAGAUACUGAAUUCUGAUCCAAUGACAUGCGGAGAAGAUGGAGGAAUAAUGGAAGUGGACGGUGCUCAGCACACAAGGACUCUUGGUCUCAGUGCUGGUGAGUUGAAGCACCUGCUGCUCAACAAGGAUGACCCUGCACAGAACCUGCUGCUGGACCUGGAGAAAAUUGUUCUUGAGCAGUCCAAGGAAGAUGACAGUCUGGAGUCCUUACUGGACAAUGUGGUCGGAUUCCGGCAGAUACUUGAGAAUGCAAAGGAGCCCGUGCCAUUAAGUGAGCAGGACGUGGAGCCAGUUCUGCCAGCAGGAGACUCCCUGCAGAACCUAUUCAAUAACAGGACUGUGUACGUUCUAGCAGAUGUGAUGGACGAGCAGCUGAAAUCUUUUUCAUUUUCACCAUUCCAGCCUGAAGAAGCAGACGUUGACCUGGACUUGGUGAAAGUGGAUUUAAUUGACCUUUCUGGCAAAUGCUGCAGUGAUUUUGACUUGCGAGCAGAGCUGGAGAAAUCCUUUUUGUUGGAGCCCUCAUCACCAGGUCGGACGAAAACAUCUAAAGGUUUCAAACUAGGAAAGCACAAACAUGAGACGUUUAUUACCAGUGGUAGGUCAGAAUACAUCGAACCAGCCAAAAGAGCCCACUUUGUGCCGCUGCCACGUGGGAGGGGCAGAGGAGGAUUUGGACAGGCAAUGCGCCCCCAUGAUCUCUUUAGACAAAGGAAGCAGAACACCAGCCGCCCUCCUUCCAUGCACGUGGAUGACUUUGUGGCUGCUGAGCGUAAGGAAGUUGUCCCUCAAGUUGGAAUACCUCUGCCCAAGAGACCUCCAAAAGUUACCCAGAAGAUUUCAUCUCGUGGUGGAUUUCUAGGAAACCGCGGUGGCAGAGGGGCAUUUCAUAGUCAGAGCAGGUUCUUCACUCCUCCUGCUCCUAAAGGAAAACAGCAAUCCGUAGAUCGCACCUCUUCCACUGGCCCAUUUUGCCAUAGAUACUAUAAUCAAGUUAACUACAGUCGUCGUGAAGGUGUUCGCGUCCUAAACUGGACUGCUCAGGCCGCCCCUCGAGGAACAUACGUGGAAAGCAGAGGAGCGCAAAGCAACUUUGAUAGGGGUCCCCUGCCUUCUCUCAGGCAGAGCUCUGUAGGAUACCGUCCAAACCCUCGUGACCGAGCUGCCAGGGGCCGCGGUGGUGGUCUUGGACCAUCUUGGACUAAUGCUGCAGGCGGUGGAAAUGCGUCACGUGGUAAAUUCCUGGGGGGAAAUGGCAGCAGAGGAGGACGUCACGUACGUUCCUUUACCAGAUAGGAGCACUGCUGGACAUGUUAUAUAUGUGAAUAUUUGGAAAGACUGGAAAGUGACACAGCACUGAAGGACCAAUGGACAACCUGGUGUGAUACUGCCGCACCGUCUAGUAUUGGGCCUGAUAGUAAAUGUAUUUUGAUACACAUGUUCCAAGUCAAAGUGCAAAACAUUUUAUUUUUAUGUACAGUAUAGUAAUUUUUUGUGUUUUGUCUUAUUUCUUUGGUUCAUUAUUAUUAUUUUUUUUUUUUUUAAAUAAACUGAUGAAGUAUCAGAUUUUGUCUCUGAUAAGCUUCUAUUAACUAUA